AGAUUGGUAGUGAAGGGAAGAAUGAAAUGUUGGGGGGACAUGAGGAGGUCAGACUGGGUCUUCCCCACGGCCAUACUCUCUCUUUAUGGUUUCUUUGCCAACUGCAGACCGGCAGAGCCUUUUCUUACACCUUACCUGGUGGGGCCCAAAAACAUUUCAGAGGAAGUGGUAACAAACUACCUGUUUCCUAUCUGGACAUAUUCAUAUCUGUCCCUUCUCUGCCCAGUUUUCCUGUUAACAGAUUUCCUAAGAUAUAAACCCAUAAUAGUAACUCAAGGUCUCUUUCUAGUCAUAAAUUACGUGCUACUUUGCUUUGCACACAGCCUGACUGCCAUGACCUACCUGCAGUUCAACUUUGCGAUGGUCACCUCUACAGAGGUGGGCUACUUUUCAUAUAUCUACAGCGUCAUACCGCCAGAACGCUAUCAGCAAGCUACAGGAUAUGUCCGUAGUGCUAUGCUGACUGGAUAUACAUUUGGAGCCACGUUAGGCCAGCUGCUAAUAUCAUUGGCCGAUACAAGCUACUUCCAUAUAAACACAAUCACUUUGGGACUCAUGGGGGUAGCGUUACUCAUCUCUUUAAGCCUGCCAAUGCCCAAGAAUAGAAUGUUUUUCAAAAGUGGGGUUGGGGUGUCUGUGGACACUCUGGAUGAAGAGGCAUCUGAGGGAGGAAAGGAAGCCAAGGAAAGAUGCUGUGCUUGGGAAAACGUUAAACGUUCUGGGAGGCAAAUGUGGGAGAGUCUUCGAGAAUCCUACUCCUCGAUGAAAAUGCUAAAGUGGUCCCUCUGGUGGGCUCUGGCCACAGCUGGAUACGGGCAGGUUUUUAACUAUGUGCAGCUGAUGUGGGACCACAUCGAGCCCUCCAGUACGUCAUCUGUGUAUAAUGGUGGAGUGGAGGCGGUCUGCACACUUGUAGGUGCAGCUGCAGCGUUCUCUGUGGGCCAUAUCAGAGUACAGUGGGGCAUGUGGGGUGAGCUCUCUCUGGGUGUAUUCUCUGCUGUAGGUGCUGGGUGUGUCUUUCUUAUGGGUCUCACCAAUAACAUUUGGCUGUGUUACACUGGUUAUGCUAUCUUCAAAGCCUCCUACAUGUUCCUAAUCACAAUGACAAUGUUUCAGAUAGCAGUUAACCUCUCUAUGGAAUGUUAUGCUCUAACCUUUGGCAUAAACACCUUUGUUGCUCUUACUUUACAAACUAUACUUACUGCUAUUGUGGUGGACAAUUCAGCACUGGGACUGGACAUUGUAACACAGUUCCUUGUAUAUGGAGGUUACUACUGCAUCAUCUCUGUCCUCUUCCUAACCCAAGGAGUGUACACUGUUUGUAAGCACUGCCAUAAAUCUGCAGACAGACCACCCGAGAACACAGACCGGCCACCGCAGGAAACUUUGGAAAAGCAACGUGUCCCCGACACACAACAUGGGAAAGAACAUUCAAUACCAUAAG